UUCUCCCUUGUGAUGAGUCACGCAGAGCUCCAGAGCUCGCAGAGCCCUCCACAUUAAUCUUGAUUCACAGUGUCCGGGUUUCGCAAUUAGGGUUUGGAGCUCCAUCACCAUAGCCACAGCCAACGGCAUCUCUAGUGGCCAUGGCAACGCUAUCGUGCUUGACACCGUUGGCGGGGCGUCAGGUCCGCACCCGCGUCGGUUUCUUCCGUGCAGCAGUGCCGUCUUUCGCAGGAGCUGCUGCGUGGUUUUCUGUUGCGACGUCAUUUGAGCGUGGUUUACGGCCAUCUUUCGGGUCGUGCAAGGUUUUUGGUGAUAAAGAGAGUAUUAGCGAUGCUGGUGUGAGAAUGGAGCGGCGAAGGAUGGUUUCUAUUAAGGCAGCUGAUCAGAAUGCCAUUGAUUCACCCCUAAUGUCGAGUAUGAAAGAAAAGAUCAAGGAUUCAUUGAAAGCGGAAGAGGUUUCGGUAGUGGAUGCUUAUGGCGAUGGUCGGCAUGUCAGCAUUGAUGUUGUAGCGGAAGCAUUCGAGGGUCAGUCAAGGGUUAGUCGACAACGUAUGGUGUACAAAGCAAUUUGGGAAGAGCUUCAAAAUGCAGUGCACGCUGUCGACCAGCUUAGGACUAGAACUCCAGCUGAGGCUGCGGAAGCGGGAAAGAAGUUGUAAUCGCAAAGAAUCUAUUAUUAAACUUUUUUAUUGAAGAGUCACGUUAAACGCGAGUUCAAUCUUCAUCUUUCCAA